UUGAAUGGCGAGGGGGAGGAGGGAGCAAUUGGUGGGGAGGUGAUUCCCUACAAGAAGCUGGUGCAGAGUCUGGAGAAGACUGUCAAUGGAUUCCAGGAUGGAUCAUGCAGCAACUGUGCCUCUCUCUCUUGGUAAAGUGAGUGACCCCAUCGAGCCACCACCCAAGGAAGCUCCUCCAAAGGCCACAGAGGAGGAAGGCACUGUUGUCAUUCCGGAUAUCAAGCCAUUCUACAAGCAGCAGGAGAAGGAGGCGGCAGAGAAGAUCAAGGAGAGCCUGGCAGUGACUGACCAGGGCCACAAGAGUUAUCCCUGGCAGGUGACGGCAAGUCUAUUGGGAGGUCCCCCAGGUGCCAUCCUCAUGGGCACCACAACAGUUCCCUACAGGAAUGGCACUGCCACCUUCACCGACCUGUCAGUCAGCAAGCCCGGGGAAGAUUACAACCUCACUUUCACCAUCACCUACCCCAGCUAUGCUCCAGCCCUCACCACCACCCUGGAGGAGACCUUCAGCUUGACACAGACGAGUGCAGCAAUGGUCCUGCAGCAGUCCAGCAUAGUGCAGGCCAGACAGCCCACCACCAUCACUGUUCACUUUGUUGACAAGGGCUCUGGCUUGGUGCUUAAUGGCCUGGCUUUCAAGGCUGUAUGUACCAGAUGAGGCCGUGUCAAUGCUCACCUUUGAGAACGUCAUAUUUGAGGCGCCAGACGUGAGACAGCAACUCAUAGCCAAGGUUGCUGUCAUCUCUGCUAGCUGUACUGGUGGUGUAUCCCUCACAUCUGGCCAUCAAGGAGUACACCAUGGUCAGGUCCCUGCGCACCUAUUUGUUCUGAUGGAAGCAGUUGGAGGAUGUGGUGAGAAUGACUGUCCUUAUCGCCCAUCUGUUAUAUCCUUCAGUAUCUUCUUUUCUUCACCUGAUCUGUUUUUCCUCUUGCAUCCUUCAGUAAUAUUGUUUUCUUCAUGCCUCCUGUGUUCUUUUUGCUUCUGUUCUAUUCUUCAUUAUACUUUUCUGUUAUAUCCUUCAGUGAUAUCCUUUUUCUCCUCCUGCAGUGUAUUCUUUUUCCCUCUUAUCAUAUCAUGUAUCCUUCAAUGAUAUCUUUUCUUCGUCUUUGCUGUAUUCUUUUUCCUCUACCUUAUCCUUCAUUAUCCAUUUCUUCACUCGUCCUGUAUUCCCUUAUAUUUUUAAUGCACACUCCUCCACACACAAUUUAAACCUUUCUGUCAUGCAUAGU